CCUGUUUCAAGGGUCAAUCAAAUUCUUGUUGAACUCAAGUCUGCUCUGCCCGUCUUAAAUCUUUCAGCUUCGCGUACCCUUUUCAAUAGAUUGAUCCAUUCGCACACUUCCAGUUGCUAUGUUCGUGCUUUUGAUUAUUGUUGCAGUACCCACCGAAACAUUUUCGGACCAAAUCCUCAAUUUGUUUCACUUACUUUUGUGAUUUUUUCAGUUGUUGUUAUCAUUUUGAAGCAGAGAAGAAUGUUUCUAAGAACGGUGUGGAAUGUAACGAUUGACAUGAAUUCGAGGCUCUUCCCUGUAGUGAAAAGGUCAUUAUCAGUUUCAGGAAGAGAGAGUGUAAGAGAUUUGGCUUCAAAAGAUGGGGAACUCAGAGUCUUUCUCGUUGCUGGGGAGGUUUCAGGUGACAUUAUCGCGUCUCGUUUCAUGAACUCUUUGAAAAGGCUGUCUCCAAUUCCUGUCCGUUUUGCGGGUGUGGGAGGGUUGAUGAUGUCACGGCAAGGAUUGAAUUCUUUGUUUCCUAUGGAAGAUAUUGCAGUCAUGGGCAUCUGGGAGUUGUUGCCGCAUCUUAGUAUGUUCAAGCUUAGAUUGAAAGAGACAAUUGAGUCAGCUCUUACUUUUCGGCCACAUGUUGUGCUAACAGUGGACUCAAAAGGGUUUUCCUUUCGUUUUCUGAAGAAAUUGCGAGCUAGAUAUGGUGAGGAAAGACUGGCUAGUCCUCAACAUUUUCACUAUGUAGCACCAUCUUUCUGGGCAUGGAGAGGAGGGGAAGCACGACUUAAAGGGCUUUCGGAGUUUGUGGAUCAUAUGUUCUGUAUUCUCCCAUUUGAGGCAGAAGUCUGUAGAUCAAAUGGAUUAGCUGCAACAUUUGUGGGCCAUCCAACAUUAGAAGAUGCACUAGAGCUUAAGAUUAACAAAUGCAUAGUGAACGAGUGGAAAGUUCAAGGUGAUGGAGAGAAAUUUAGGAAGAAUUAUGGGAUAUCUUCAGAAUCGACAAUCAUUUCUUUGCUUCCUGGAAGCCGGUUGCAAGAGGUCACACGAAUGCUUUCCAUAUUUUCACGCACUAUGGAGCUACUAAAAAAUGCCUUCUCGGAGUUGACAGCAGUUAUCCAUGUGGCACCUAAUACGCAUGUGGAAGAGUAUAUCAGCAAGGCUGUUCAUGAAUGGCCUGUAUCUGUUGUAUUGGUUCCAGGAGGGUCACCAUGCAUGAGAUACAAUUCGUUCAGUGCAAGUAGACUAGCAUUGUGUACAUCUGGGACUGUGGCUGUGGAAUUGCAGCUGGCACGGUUACCUUGUGUUGUUGCAUAUCGAGCCCAUCUCCUCACUGAGUGGUUCAUUCGAUACAAAGCUAAAAUACCUUACAUCUCACUUCCUAAUAUCGUUCUGGAUUCCCCUAUAAUUCCUGAAGCUCUUUUUGAAGCGUGCACGCCCUCACGAUUGGCACCACUGCUCAUAGACUUGAUGCACGAUGAGAGCCUGCGUUGGAAACAAGUAUCUGCAGCUGAAAAGUUUCUCAAUUUACUUGAUCCUCUGAAGAGAGUAAGUGGCAACCCAGCCCAGUCAAGACACAAACUUCUGGAAUAUACACCAAGCGUGAUAGCAGCAUCAGCAGUAUGGAACUCUUGAAGGAUUUGAUAGUUGUACUCCUAUUUUUUAUUUCAUGGGUUGAUUUUUCCGAUUCCUGACUGUUAGACAACGGGUUUUGUGAAAAUGUUUCUCAUCAGAAUCAGAACAAAAUAAUCACUGUACCGGUAAAUUCACUUUUUGUCCUCCAAGUAUAUCACUGAUUCAUAUUUGGUCCUCAUGGUACACAUUUCA